CGAAGGAACCGACGUAGGAGUUAUACUACGGUUGAGUGACUUCGUACACUAGACAAUGGCGUCGAACGGAAAUCCUAAUGUACCUCCGGUUCAGAAUUGUUAUAACUGUGGUCAACCUGGCCACAUCUCCCGUUUUUGCCCUCUUCCAGAUCGUAGACUCAAUGGUGGUCAACAGUCUGUCAGCACUGCGAUUGUCCCUGCUCAGCCCUUAGCAACCUAUCCGUCAACCUCUAAUGUUGGUACGUCUACUCCAUAUUACUCGGGCCAGUAUAACAACGGAGGUGGGGGAAGUGGGUUAGGAAGGCGUGUUAGUUCGUUGGAAGAAAUUGUGGGUCGGAUCAACAGCAAACAUGAAGCUGAUGCAGCGAGAGAAAGCCAAGCAGGAGGAAGAAGAACGAAGCGGGAACAGGAAGAAGAUGAUCGUCGUCAAAAGGAAAGGAAGGAACGGGAGGAGUUUCAAUCCUCCAUACGUCUGGAGUUGUCAACGAAACUCGAUGUGGUUCGCGAGGCAGUUAAUGGGAAGAAGGCCAGUGAUGUGGAUGAAAUUGCCAAGCUGCGGAUGCAAAUCGAGAUGUUAUGUAAACAGAAGGAACCUGCCAUGGACAGGAAGAACACCGAUAGUGAAGAAGUGCGGAAGUUGAGAGCUCGGGUUGAGGAGUUACAACGGGCGGCUAGCACGUCGGCUACGGGACCGAUGGGCAACACAGAUGAGUUGGCUCGGCUUCGGAGGGAGCAACUCGAUGUGAAGACGGCUACCGAGAAACGACUCGCAAAUCUGGAGGAGGUCAUUUUUGCUUUGCAAAAACAAUGUGAAGUUGCUGAGGCAAACGCGGAAGCUUGGAAGAGUGAAGCUCUGCGUCCGGGCAAUAAGCGUGGUUCGGUGGCUAUCGGUCAGACUCUGACGACAGAUGCCGGGGUUCGUCCUCGUGUUACUCCUGCAGUUCGGCCUCGCGUUACUCCUGCGGCGUCACCAUGUGCAGCAGGAACAGUCAACCUGCAGAUUAAGGCGAUAGUAGAGAGACAUCAACAGGAGGUUGAAUUAUUGAAGGAGAUGCGUCUUCGUGAGGUCAACGCACGGAAGGCGUCCGAAGAUGAAGUCGAGAGACUGAAGGAAUCACUAGCAAAACUCGAGACAGGAAGGAAAAGAGGAGGAACCAAUUUGAAGUCUAAGUUGGAUGAAGCUGCUGGUGCAUCUACGAAGAAGGAUAUGUUGAAAGUGGCGGCCUCUCCGGUGGUGUUAGUGAGUCAACGAGAAGCAACGUUGAGGGACGAGAGAAAGAAGCUUCGGAAUUUGAAAAAAGAUGAAGUUAUGGCGAUCUGUGAAAAAAGGAGUCGUGUAUACGAAACUUGAGACUACAAAAGAAUCGAUCGCACAGGCCCGAACUGAUAGGGCGAUCGAGGAAGAGGAUCAGAGCCAAGAUGUUGGGAAGGUCAACUCUGUGGUGAAUGUGUCCGAAGAUGGGGGUGGAGACUCAGACAAAGGGGAAGGGCGUGAAUCGAGCUCUUCUUAGGGUCUUGCCCCGACGCGG